AGAGUUUUUUUACUUCAACCAUAGGGGGGUAAGGAAAUAAAAUAACCAUUUCACCGUUUGUUCAAAAAAAAACAACAAAACUGUAAGCGUUACCUCCGUCGACGAUCAGACGAUUCUGCUAUUGGCUUAAUAGCUCGUAGCGUUUCCUCUCUCUCUCUCUCUCUCUCUCUCUCUCUCUCUCUCUCUCUCCUUCCUUCAAAACCUUCGAAUGACCGAUUCAGCCACUCCUUUCGUUGAUCCCUGUCGUGAAAUGGAGCUGAAGGACAUGCAGUCGGAGCCGGAGGUUCAAUCUGGAGAGGAACUCAUUCACAUGGACAGCAGCAUAGUGAUUGUUGAGAAGGAGGAGUGUAUCGGGGAGGAAGAAGAUAGCGACGACGGUUCAGUGAUUACCGGAGACGACUCGAUCGGUGAUAAUAGUGGUGAAGAUGAUAUCUUCGUUGAUGGUGUAGCGAAUGCGGUGGAGGAGACGACGGAGAAGUUGGAGCUGCCUGAGGAAUUUGCGAAAAGCGUUAUGGUUCUAACGUGCGAGUCCACAGUUGAAGGUGGAUCUUGUGAUGUGUACUUGGUUGGUACUGCUCAUGUAUCACAGGAAUCAUGUCGAGAAGUUGAAGCUGUAAUCAGCUCCUUGAAACCACAGGUCGUCUUCGUGGAGUUAUGUACAAGUCGAUUGUCUAUUCUCAACCCUCAGGCUUUGAAGGAGGCGCCGUCUCUGAUGGAAAUGAUAGGCAUGUGGAAGAGGAACCAUAACCUAUUUGGAAUAGUUUACGGAUGGUUUCUGGCAAAGAUGGCCAAUAAGCUUGAGGUUCUUCCUGGUGCUGAGUUUCGUGUGGCAUUUGAAGAGGCAAAUAAAUAUGGUGGCAAGGUGAUUUUUGGGGAUCGUCCAGUACAGAUCACGUUAACGAGAACAUGGGGUAAGAUGCCUUUAUGGCACAAAAUCAAACUACUGUAUGGCAUAGUGUUUCAAGCUGUCUUUCUGCCGGAUUCUGAAGAACUUGAGAAGAUGCUGAAAGACAUGAACGAUGUGGAUAUGCUGACAUUGGUGAUUCAAGAAAUGAGCAAGGAAUUCCCAUCACUCAUGGAGACACUUGUGCAUGAGCGAGAUAAGUACAUGGCAUCUUUAUUGUUUAGAGUUGCAAGUGAGCAUAGUUCGGUCGUGGCAGUUGUCGGUAGAGGGCAUCUUCAAGGUAUCAAGAAGAACUGGAAACAACCUAUAAAGAUGAAGGAGUUGUUGGAGUUACCGAAAAAUGAUUCAACUUAUACUUUGAAGAAUAUUCUAAGAUACGUGGUGGUUGUACUCGCCUGGGUGGCCAUAAUUGCCGGCAUGCAUCAUCAUAAUAAGUAAAUAAUCUCAAAGGUAAGAGUUAGUUUCUCAUGAGGAGAAUAAAAACGUAGGCCAAAUAACAGAUGAUGACAUAAAUUUCAAUAACUGUUAUAAACUUAAGCUGUCAUGAUUUUACUGAUUUUAUAUGGUUUUAGGAUGAAUAAUUUCACCAGAAGUUAUAUAUACAAAUCAAUUAUUCCCCUU